UCACUGAAUGGCUAUUUGCGGCACAACGGCUACAAAUGUUACAAAAAUGAUGGCUGCUUACAACGGUGGCUCCUCAACAGUGGCUACCCAUCACCCGCAUCAUCACCACCAGCUCCAGCACCUUCCGCCUCCCCACAUGCACCACCACCACGCGGACCAACAUCACUUGCAGCAUCCGGGCUCCGCAGCCGCCGUGCACACGGUCCAGCAGCACACCUCCACGGCUGCCGCAGCGGCGGUGAUGCUCAACCCCGGCCAACAGCAGCCAUACUUCCCCUCUCCUGCCCCAGGACAAGCCCCCGGGCCGGCGGCUGCCACGGCUCCUGCCCAGGUUCAAGCUGCCGCUGCUGUCAAAGUUCACCAUCAGCAACAACACACGCACAACCUACAGCAGCAGCUGGAUAUAGAGCCUGACAGGCCCAUCGGCUAUGGAGCGUUUGGGGUUGUCUGACCUUGCCAGACAUGACCAGGCCAUUCAAGCCAUUGAAACGUCGAUGAACGGCUUCAAGGGGAGAAUAACUACGCUGGAAUCUACAGGCAACAGCCUUGUCAAAGAAAACGAACCACUAAAGCUGAAAUCCAAGGACCGUGAGAACAGAUCCAGGAGGUGUAACAUCCGUAUUACAGUCAUAUGGGCGCUGAGGGCACUCAUCCUACCUCCUCUAUUGAAUCCUGCCUUGGAUAGAUCUUCGGGACUGACGCCUUUCCCAGAUCCUCGACCGUGGACAGAGCGCACAGGGUGGCUAUCCAGAGGAGACAGGGCGGCACACCUCGCCCCUUCAUAGCCUAUAUACACCACUUCCAGAUAGUGCAGCUUUCACGAGAAAAGUCACCAUUGUUGUAAAGAGUCCUCUGCAGAAGCUGCUGCUUUUUUGGAAAACAGACAGCCUACAGGAUGUGGCCACGAUCAAAAUAAAACAUUCCGAAGGCACUAACGUUAUGUUUCCCCGGAUUAUAUAUACAGUAACUGUCCGGUGAGUGUGACUGUCUGGUUAACUUCACUGUCUACAGAUAAUUUCACUACGGUUG